CACUCAGGACUGGGUCAGACUGAGAGACGGGAUGGCGCCUGGCAUCUGGAGAGUCCUGCUGCUGGUCAGCGUGGCCGCGGCCCUCACCCCGGCGCUGGGCCUGAGCCACGGAGAGGCCGUGAACCUCGCCCUCGACUCCUACAACAGAGGCCCGGACAUCAAACGCGUCUUCCGGGUCUUCGGCUCCGUCCCUCCGCCCGAAGCGGCUCCAUCUCCCACCGCCAUCCCUCUAAACUUCACGGUGAAGGAGACCGUGUGCUUCAAGAAGGAGAAACUCGAUCUGGAGCAGUGCGCCUUCAGAGACAAUGGGCUGGUGAGAGACUGCACCGGCUUCGUCUCCACGGCCCAGCGGCCCCCGACCGUCACCAUCUCCUGCGAGGGGCCCAUCCGCACCAAGAGAUUCCUGUUUUCACUUAUUUCAGCCGGUCUUGGAAUAGGAGGUGCCAUCGCGAAUUUGGUCAGGCGUAGUAGGGGUUAGGGGCGUUAGCGCCGGGAGAGCAGUGGGACCGACCCAGACCGCCCCUGUGCCCCGACCACCAACCGCUCCCAGCCUCUCCCCGGGUGACCAGAAGAUCACCGGGUCCAACAGAGCAAGGCCGCUACUUGUCAAUGCUUCGCCUCGGUUUACGUUUUUCCCCUCGCUUCUCUGGCCAAUAAAUGUCUUCCACCAAGGCA